GGCAGGCCACCAGCUGACCUCUCUCGCCGUCCCUAGUACCCACAGUGGCGCGCCCUCACCAGCGCCCCGGCGCUCGGGCCAAUGCGCCCGGGCGCGCCAGCUGCACGCGGGCCCGGGCGCGCGCGAUUGGCAGCCCCCAGCCUCAGCCCUCCCGCCCCACCCCCUCCGACAAAGUCCGGCCCCCGCCCGCUGCGCGGCGGCCGCCGCUUCCCCCUCGCUGCCCCGGGGUUGUCCCGCGCGGGGCCCGAUUCCGGCCGCGCGUUCCUCCCCGGCGCCGCGGAGCCACCGCGUUCGAGACGCCCGCAGUCGGCGCAGUCGUCUCCCGGGCCGGAGCAUGAAGGUCGAGUUUGCGCCGCUCAACAUCCCGCUGGCGCGGCGGCUGCAGACGGCCGCGGUGCUGCAGUGGGUCCUGUCCUUCCUGCUGCUCGCACAGGUGUGCAUUGGAAUCAUCGUGAUACUGAUCAUAUACAACUGUUGGUUCCUCUAUGUCCCUUAUAUGACAUGGCUUUACUUUGACUGGAGUACCCCAGAGCAAGGAGGCAGGAGAUCCAAGUGGGUCAGAAGCUGGACCAUUUGGAAGUAUUUUAAGGACUAUUUUCCAAUUCACCUCAUCAAAACUUGGGAUUUGGAUCCAAGUCACAACUAUAUAUUUGGGUUUCACCCCCAUGGAGUGCUUGUUGCUGGAGCCUUUGGAAAUUUUUGUACAAAUUAUUCGGACUUCGAGGAGCUGUUUCCUGGCUUCACCGCAUAUCUUCAUGUGCUCCCAUUUUGGUUCCGCUGUCCUCUCUUUCGAGAAUACCUGAUGACCAGUGGGUCAGUCUCAGUUUCUAAGAAAAGUGUGUCCCAUGUGCUGAGCAAGGAGGAAGGUGGAAACAUUUCAGUCAUUGUUCUUGGGGGUGCAGAGGAAUCACUGGAUGCCCAUCCUGGAAAAUUCACUCUGUUCAUCCGCCAACGGAAAGGAUUUGUUAAAAUUGCUUUGACCCAUGGUGCCUCCUUGGUCCCAGUGUUUUCUUUUGGAGAAAAUGAGCUAUUUAAACAAGUUAACAACCCUCAAGGCUCAUGGCUUCGAACUGUGCAAGAGAAGCUACAGAAGGUCAUGGGGUUUGCUUUGCCGCUGUUCCACGCCAGAGGAAUUUUUCAAUACAAUUUUGGCCUGAUGCCCUAUAGGAAACCUAUCCACACUGUUGUUGGCCGCCCAAUCCCUGUUCAUCAGACUCUGCACCCAAGCCCGGAGCAGAUUGAGGAGUUGCAUCAGACCUACAUGGAAGAGCUAAGGAAACUAUAUGAGGCACACAAAAGGAAGUACGGUAUUCCCGAGCACGAAACUCUCAUUUUUAAGUAACUAUACUCUUAGAAGGCAUUCGAGAGGAUGAGAGAACAUCCCAUUGGAGGAUACAUAUUUUAACUAAGGACUUUUUUCUUUGACUCUGGAAUCAAAGUGGCAAAUGAAAAGUAUUAUUUAUGGUGACAGAUGUUGAUGUGUAUCCGUGGGAAAUAAAAAUACAGUGGGUGACUGUAGGAGAAGGUUGGCGAUGACUAUAACCCUUCUAAUAAUCCUCCUCACUUGGGAAGGUGCAAGCAUUUCUCGGGGUAAGAAAAGGUUUAGGAUUAUUUGCUCAAAAAAAAAAUGACAGUUUCAAAAAAUAAUUAGACCCUUUUACCAAAAUCACAAGAAUUUAAGGUGGUGUCUUCACUAAAUAUGAUAGCUCUUAUUUAGCACAGCUGGAACAGUUAGGAGACGGUGUGUAAACUAAUUUUCCAUACCGAGCUAGAGGAGAUCAUUUUUUUUUUUCUGCUUGAACGUUCAGACCAUUUUUUGGUGAAUAAUGUUACUUUUCAGAGUUAGAUAAUUUGAUCCUUUAGGUCACAUCAACCAAUGCAUUUUUAUACAAUAGUGCAGAAUUUUCAUGCAGGUUUUGAAAUAGGAUGAAUCUACCAUCUGGAAACCCAUGUGGAGGAGAGUAUGUCUCCUCAUUUCUAUUCAUGCUUAGAAAUAUUCAUGCUUGUCAUUUGCUCAGAAGUAUGUUCAUUUGCUAUAUAGACAAGGAGGUCUUUUGGGAGACAUGCUUUAGAACAUUAAAAUCCCUCAAGGUUUUCAUGGUAAUAGAAAUGGUUUUAAUUUUCUUCCCAAAUGGCCUCUUUGAGUAAGACCAGCUAUGAGAGGAAGUGCACUCUCUGGUUGUGAGGUGCCCGUUACAGCGGUCUGGUCCACGAGAGUGGGAACCCUGUUCCUCCUCUGCAUUGAUCUCUCCCCAGUGCCUGGGCCAGGCACAAGAUAAGUACUUGUUUAGUGAAUGUAUUUAUAGAUGAACCCACAAACCACCUUUGCCUUAAGAUGAAGAAUUUUUAUGAACCUAUUAUAAGAAAAGACCUUCUUUCAGAAGGAGAGAAUGUGCUGGGUCUGUUUGUCUCAGGACAGUAAUCGACAAGACUUACUUGUCAAUUACCAUAACGAAGAAGAAUGUGUAGUUUCUAGAUGAUCUCCAUUGCUGCUUGUUGCUUCUCUCCCUCCUCCACUCUAGGUAUUUGGGGGCAUCUUCCCUGAGUUGUCCUAACUUACUAGUAAUAUAUCUUCAGACCUCUGAUUUUUAAAAGAUCAAGCCUUGGGCUAGAGCCUGGACUGAGUUCAGCAUCAGCCAGACAAAACCAUGCUGGGGAAUGCCUUGAGUAGGAGAGCAUUUCACACAGGAAAAAGCAAACCUCCUCCAUGCUUCCAUUUGAGGUUGUUUUGGCCGGCAUCACUUUGGCUUCACGCUGGUUGAGCAAUCCAGGAGUCCACUGACCCAUGGCCUUGAAAUUAGAUCAAUUUUGUAAUCGAAGCAGGGAAUAGGGCACAACCUAUUUUUCAUAGAUGGAGAAAAUUUGACUAUAAAUCCUUUUUUGGUAUUACUCGACACCAGCCAGGCAUCCAGGAGCACUAUUUAUGGAAAAUGACGCACCCCCGCUGGUCAGGGGUCAGUCUUCAGAAUAGAGCUGUGAAGGCCACAUAACCACAACAGUAAAGACCUUUAAGUUAUUAUAAAACCCAUGAAUUUCAUUCCUUUAGGGAAACUUAUUAAGAACUCACAACACAUAGUCUCUUGUGAUUUCAUGAAGGUAUGAUUUUUAAUCUCGUACUUGGUAGUGGGGGCCAAGCUGAGCCCCCCAACAUCAGCUGGGUCAUCUAGGAAGCAGUUAAAGCCCACAUGUAGUAAAACAGAGGCACUGAAAAAUGAAAAAAGUUUUGCUCUGAUGAAUUUAUCUCAAAUUUUGCCAUUUCAGAAAUCCAGACAUCAGCAACUUUAAUUUUGGCAUCUGUAAAGAUCUUAUUUUUAGGUACAAAUUAGGGAUUUUAUCUCUUUUUCUUUCUCUGGGUCUCCAGAGGUCUUAAUCCAGCCAGAAGUCCCUUCAUAAAGUCAGAGUGUACAAGGAAGCUCCUUAUAGUCCUACAGAUUGCAGAUGAAGAUGUGGACAUGAAUUUUUGCUACAGCACAAAUGUGAGCCAUAUAUUGUAUUCACUAAUAUAGUGUGACAGAAAUCGCCUCUGUUUUAAAGAUUCUCAUCUACUCUGUAAUUGCACAUAAAAUUUAAAUAGCAAAGCCUAACAAUAACAGCAAGAAAAAUAACCCCAGGACACAGUAAGAGAAACUGAGCUAAUUGCCUUGAGAAAAUGUGCACUUAUGAUUUAAUUUGGACAUUUCUGUCUCCUGUUUCUCUUGCAUACUGGGCACAAGCUGAGUCAUUUCCUUUGUCUCGCAGCUAGAAGGAUUGAAAUUAUCCAUAUCCAGCUAAGUCGAUUAUGCUCACAUUGAAGGUUGCAGCUUUGGUCCUUAGGAGGGCCAGCCAGUUUUGCUGUGUCCCAACGGGAACCAGGGCAAGAGAUGCUGCAUGAUUUAUGAAAACCUUUCACUGGGACUAGGGAGACAAUCAAAGUAUAUAUACUGCAGGGACGAUGAGUAAGCCUUUAUUGUGUGCAUAGCAUUAAAAGUACAAUCCCUGCCUUCAGGAGAAGGUACGCUUCUGUCCUGGGAAGCACAGAAGGUAGAAUCGAGAUGCAAUGUCCACACUUCUGUAACUUGGCAAUUCUUCCAAACCACCGCACCCACAAUGCAAAUUACCAAGGUUUGUGACAAAUAUGAAAACACGUUUUGGGUGCAUUUACUCUGUCUUCUUUUCCUCGGACAAGAGACAACGUGGAUGGGAUUUGUUGAUUGGUGGUGGGUUUUUGUUUUUUGGGUUUUUUUCCCCAGUAGCCAAGAUGGCCAGUUCUCAUACUGUAUUUGUCUUUUUUAAACUAAGUGAUAGAAUGCCUAUUUCUGGGGCUGGGAGAGUUACUUUCAAAUAGAAUUUGUAUAUCUUUUCAAAGGAAAAAAGAAACAAGGCAACUUCCAUAUAACCACCUAGUUGUGCCAGUUUCUCUAGGAUGGCAAAUACAGAAGCAGCUUUUUAUAUUUAAAACCAAGGAAUUUGUCAAAUACCUUAUAUAUCAGUUAUUUGAUUUAAUCCUUCCCAGAUACAGCCUAGUGCCAUAUCUUAUAUGGGAAGGCGAAGAAGGUCUAACUCCAUCCAUUGUUUGCUCAUGGGAUGAUGGAUCCUGAGGUAGUAGAAUCUGCAUCUUGUGUGCCUUUGAUCCUGCCCCCAAUGGAGUGUGGGCCUUCAACGCUCUCUGGGGGUUGGGAGGGUGAACGCUUAUGGCGCUAAGCUGGAAGUGCAAUAGACUGUGUCAAUAGAAGCCAAGUUCUGGAGCUAGAAGGGGCUUCGUGUCUGGCAUUAGUCCUUCUGCAGAUGAAGCAGUUGAACCGCAGCAGCUUAUGUGGAUUGGCACCCACUCCACAUUCGUAUUCCUCUGCCCUGAUGGAACAGGAGGAGGGAGAUAUGGCUCUUCCAUAAUUAUUGAUUAAUCAACCUGUGAAUCCUUCUAUAAAACUCAAGUGUCCAAACACAGAGCAUGAUUAAAAAUACUCCUGAAAUGUAAGGGAUUUAACAGCUCUGAAGCGAGCUCUGUCUUCUUGGGACCUAGAACAUUUUUCUUUUUUGAGACCGGUACACCGCAUUGUUGAUUUUUUCCUUCUGCAAGAGCUAUUUUGGUGAUGUGCACUGGGGGACGUCCAAGUUGUUCAACAACAAGCUAAGCCACUAGAGCCUAUAUAUUAUUGAGCAGCAGGAUAAGGCAAAGUGCUUUAUGCCCAGGGUGAGUGAAAGAUCUUCCCUCUCUGUCACGUUGUGACCAUUAAUACAGGUCCAGGCAGUCCCAUUACUCAGAAGUGGAAGCAAAUCUGUCACCAUACUGACAGCCCUAAGCCCAUUCUGGCUCUAGCUUCAUCCAGCUGGGUUGUUACAGCUGCUUUUUUUUUUUAACAGCUCUUAGAUUCUGGUUAAGAAUUAUCUUAGGCUGGGGCGCCUGGGUGGCUCCGUCAUUAAGCGUCUGCCUUCAGCUCGGGUCAUGAUUCCAGGGUCCUGGGAUCGAGCCCCGCAUCGGGCUCCCUGCUCAGCGGGAAGCCUGCUUCUCCCUCUUCCACUUCCCCUGCUUGUUUUCCCUCUCUCGCUGUGUCUCUCUCUGUCAAAUAAAUAAAUAAAAAUUAAAAAAAAAAAAAGAAUUAUCUUAGGCUCUCUUGAGAAUAAAGAUAAAUCUGAUCUUGUAUUCCUAAGGGCUGUCUAAUCCUCCCCUGCUCCGUUUCCAGACCCACUUGGAGCCUUCGGUCUGGUUGGUUUCCAAUUGUCCCAUGUGGGGUACAGUCAUGCGGAGACAACCAGAAAACACAGCUGUGCUAUUCUUUUCUACCUUCCAUGGGCUUCUGUUUCAAAUAAUCCUUUAGCCUCUGGUCCUCCACUAACUGGCUGGGUGCCCUGGGCUCUUUCCUUCCUCUUAGGAGUGAAUGAUCUUUAUGAGGUCCCCUCUGGCUCUAUCUCUAUGGUCUGUGCCUGGCCCUUGUUCUCUCAUGGUAAUGACAUUUAGUGGGAGAUGGAGCUUUAUCUGCAGACUGCUUUUUCCUCUGCCACCGUCCCUUGUCUUCCUCUGGGCAUGCGGAGUGUUCAAAUGACUGUCUCCCUUUCUUAGUAUAUGGAAAACAAAUUGCUAGAGAUUUCUCCAGCUGCACAGUGACCUUUAGGCAUGGUGUUCCUAAGAAACCGUUUCAUUCUCUAAAUAAAAACUGGAGACAUUUAUCGAAGCGGUUUCCUUCCUUUUUUCUAUUAUGCUAUGUUAAUCACCAUACAUGACAUCGUUAGUUUUUGAUGUAGUGUUCCAUGAUUCAUUGUUUGCAUAUAACACCCAGUGCUCCAUGCAGAACGUGCCCUCUUUAAUACCCGUCACCAGGGGUUUCCUUCUUUAUAUGGCUCAAAACUGUGAAAUAACAGUUUAUUUCUUGUUAAAAUCUUUAUAGGAGAUGGCGAAUUUUUGUACUUUCUGUAUUGGACUUGUUGCUGUGUGCUUUUUAAAUGCUCUCGGUUUAUAACGUUUUGACCAAUAAAUGUGUUUUAUGCCCAAGUCGUAACCAUGUGGGCAUGGUGUUGUA